AUGGGGGGCUCUGAGACGCCCACCCUCAACGGCAAUGCUCCUGCCGACGACGACAGCGGCAGCGGCAGCAGCAACCACUGGCAUCUCAAGCACAAGGUCGUCGCCACCGACGCCCGCGACCGCGCGUCGGGCUUCCCCCGGCGCGAGCUCGGCGUGACCUGGCAGAACCUGACGGUCGAGGCCGUCAGCUCCGACGCCGCCAUUCACGAGAACGUGGGCUCGCAGCUCAACAUUGUGCAGAAGAUUCGCGAGUCGCGCCACAAGCCGCCCAUGAAGACCAUCCUCGACAACGUCCACGGCUGCGUCAAGCCCGGCGAGAUGCUGCUCGUGCUCGGCCGCCCCGGGUCGGGCUGCACCACGCUGCUCAACAUGCUCGCCAACAACCGCCGCGGCUACGCCAGCGUCACCGGCGACGUGCACUUUGGCUCGCUCAGCGCCGACGAGGCCAAGCGCUACCGCGGCCAGAUCAUCAUGAACACGGAGGAGGAAAUCUUCUUCCCCUCGCUGACCGUUGGGCAGACGAUGGACUUUGCCACGAGGCUCAACGUGCCCUUUACGCUGCCGCAUGACACAUCGGACCCGGAGGCACACAGGGAGGAAAGGAGGAACUUUUUACUAGAGUCCAUGGGCAUUGAGCACACGCAUGACACCAAAGUUGGCAAUGCAUAUGUUCGUGGUGUUUCUGGUGGCGAGCGCAAGCGUGUCUCCAUCAUUGAGUGCUUGGCCGCCAAGGGCAGCGUCUUUUGCUGGGAUAACUCGACUCGAGGUCUCGAUGCUAGCACCGCCCUCGACUACGCCAAGGCCAUCCGCGCCAUGACGGACGUUCUCGGCCUCUCCUCCAUCGUCACCCUCUACCAGGCCGGCAACGGCAUCUACAACCUCUUUGACAAGGUCCUCAUCCUCGACGAGGGCAAGGAGACCUUUUACGGGCCCCUGGCCGAGGCCCGCCCCUUCAUGGAGGAGCUCGGCUUCAUCUGCGAGCCCGGCGCCAACGUCGCCGACUACCUCACCGGCGUCACCAUCCCCUCGGAGCGCAAGGUGCACCCCGACAAGCGCGCCAAGUUUCCCCGCACCGCCGCCGCCAUCCGCGACGCCUACGAGGCCUCGCCGCUGCGCCCGCGCAUGGCCGCCGAGUACGACUACCCGACCACGCAGCAGGCCAAGGACAGCACGGCCGAUUUCGAAAAGGCCGUCGCCGUCGAGAAGCACAAGGGCAUCCCCGGCGGCAGCCCGCUGACCGUCAGCUUCCCGCAGCAGGUCCGCGCGUGCGUCAAGCGCCAGUACCAGAUCAUCUGGGGCGACAAGCCCACCUUCUUCAUCAAGCAGACGACCAACAUCAUCCAGGCCCUCAUCGCCGGCUCCCUCUUCUACAACGCGCCGGGAAACACGGCCGGCCUGCUUUCCAAGUCGGGCACGCUCUUCUUCUCGCUCCUGUACCCCACCCUGGUGGCCAUGUCCGAGGUGACGGACUCCUUCAACGGCCGUCCCGUCCUCAUCAAGCACAAGUCCUUUGCCUUUUUCCACCCUGCUGCUUUCUGCCUUGCGCAAAUUGCCGCCGACAUACCCGUUUUACUCUUCCAGACAACCACCUUCUCCCUGAUUCUGUACUUCAUGGUCGACUUGGAUCGCUCAGCCGGUGCCUUCUUCACCUACUGGGUCAUUGUCCUGUCUGCCGGCUUCUGCAUGACGGCGCUCUUCCGCGCCAUCGGCGCCUUGUUCAGCAGCUUCGACGCCGCCUCCAAGAUCUCCGGUGUCGUCGUCACCGCCGCCUUUCUGUAUGCCGGUUUCCAGCUGCGCAAGCCCGAGAUGCACCCCUGGCUGGUCUGGAUCUACUGGAUCGACCCUCUGGCGUACGCCUUUGACGCUCUGCUCUCCAACGAGUUCCACGGCAAAAUCGUCCAGUGCAUCGGAAACAACCUCAUCCCCAGCGGGCCCGACUACGUCAACUCCACGCACAGCGCCUGCGCCGGCAUCGGCGGCGCCCGGCCCGGCAAGUCCAUCAUUCUCGGCGACGACUACCUCGCCUCGCUGUCGUACAGCCACGCGCACAUGUGGCGCAACUUUGGCAUCAUCUGGGUCUGGUGGGCGCUCUUUGUCGCCGUGACGGUGUGGGCGACGUGCCGCUGGAAGUCGCCCUCGGAAAACGGCCCGAGCCUGGUCAUCCCCCGCGAGAACAGCAAGUACGUCGCCAUCAACCCGCUCGCCGCCGCCGACGAGGAGAACCAAAACGCCAAGGAGCGGCCCGCGUCGGCGGACGGCACCCCGUCCAGCACCGAAGAGGAAGGCAGCGACUCGCUCCAGAACAAGCUGGUCCGGAACACGUCCAUCUUCACGUGGAAGAACCUCUCGUACACGGUCAAGACGCCCUCUGGCGACCGCCUCCUGCUCGACAACGUCCAGGGCUGGAUCAAGCCCGGCAACCUGACGGCGCUCAUGGGAUCCUCGGGCGCCGGCAAGACGACGCUACUCGACGUGCUCGCGCAGCGCAAGACGGACGGCACCAUCACCGGCUCCGUCCUCGUCGACGGCCGCGCGCUCCCCGUCUCGUUCCAGCGCUCCGCCGGCUACUGCGAGCAGCUCGACGUGCACGAGCCGUACGCCACGGUCCGCGAGGCGCUCGAGUUCUCGGCCCUCCUCCGCCAGAGCCGCGAGACGCCGCGCGCCGAGAAGCUCGCCUACGUCGACACCAUCAUCGACCUGCUCGAGCUCAAGCCGCUCGCCGACACGCUCAUCGGCGACGUCGGCGCGGGCCUGUCGGUCGAGCAGCGCAAGCGCGUCACCAUCGGCGUCGAGCUCGUCUCCAAGCCCAGCAUCCUCAUCUUCCUCGACGAGCCGACCUCGGGCCUCGACGGGCAGUCGGCCUACCGCACCGUCAAGUUCCUGCGCAAGCUCGCCGCCGUCGGCCAGGCCGUGCUCGUCACCAUCCACCAGCCCUCGGCACAGCUCUUCUCCCAGUUCGACAGCCUGCUGCUGCUCGCCAAGGGCGGCAAGACCGUCUACUUUGGCGACAUUGGCGCCCACGGCCAGACCAUCAAGGACUACUUUGGCCGCAACGGCUGCCCGUGCCCGCCCGAGGCCAACCCGGCCGAGUACAUGAUUGACGUCGUCUCCGGCAACGGCGGCGGCGAGGCGAACCGCCGCGACUGGAACGAGGUCUGGCUCGCGUCGCCCGAGUACGAAAAGAUGACGGCCGAGCUCGACGGCAUCAUUGCCGACGCGGCCGCCAAGCCCCCCGGCACCGUCGACGACGGCCACGCGUUCGCCACGCCUAUGGGCGAGCAGAUCCGCGUCGUCACGCAGCGCAUGAACGUCUCGCUGUGGCGCAACACCGAGUACGUCAACAACAAGGUCAUGCUGCACAUCUUCUCGGCCCUCUUCAACGGCUUCUCCUUCUGGAUGGUCGGCAACUCGUUCAACGACCUGCAGGCCAAGAUGUUUGCCAUUUUCCAGUUCAUCUUUGUCGCGCCAGGCGUCCUCGCCCAGCUGCAGCCGCUCUUCAUCAGCCGCCGCGACAUCUUCGAGACGCGCGAGAAAAAGUCCAAGACGUACUCGUGGUUCGCCUUUACGACCGGCCUCAUCGUCUCCGAGAUGCCGUAUCUGGUCGUCUGCGGCGUCAUCUACUACCUCUGCUGGUACUACACGGUCGGCUUCCCCGGCGCCUCGUCGCGCGCCGGCGGCACCUUUUUCGUCAUGCUCAUGUACGAAUUCCUGUACACGGGCAUCGGCCAGUUCGUCGCCGCCUACGCGCCCAACGUCGUGUCGGCAACGCUGGUCAACCCGCUCAUCAUCGGUGUGCUCGUGUCCUUCUGCGGCGUCCUCGUCCCGUAUGCCCAGAUCCAGCCGUUCUGGCGCUACUGGAUGUACUACCUCAACCCCUUCAACUACCUCAUGGGCAGCAUCCUCACCUUUACCAUGUGGGGUGGCGACGUCCACUGCAAGGAGAGCGAGUUUGCGCGCUUUGAUCCGCCGAGCGGGCAGACGUGCGGCCAGUAUCUCGAAAGCUAUCUGCACUCCCAGGGCCCUGGCGCUGUUGCCAACUUGGUCAACGCCGACGCCACGUCGGACUGCAAAGUCUGCACUUACACCAAGGCGCAGGACUACUUGCGCACGCUCAACCUCAACGAGUACUACUACGGCUGGCGAGAUGCGGGCAUCGUCGUUCUCCUGUGCUUUAGCUCCUACUUCCUCGUGUACGUUCUCAUGAAGCUGCGAACGAAGCGAUCCAAGCAGGCAGAGUAA